AUGACUAAUUUCAGCAAGGUAUCCACAUCUCAUACAGGAGCUGAAAUACUAGAGGAUGGUGAAAUAUUCAAUCCCACCAAAAUCCCAGUUUAUGACCCAGAAUGGACCAUUCGGACCUAUUUAAUCAUCUACAGCUUUGUUUUUGUGAUCUGUAUUUUUGGAUUUGUGGGGAAUGGAAUUGUCAUCUGGUUUCUUGGCUUCUGUAUGAAAAGGAAUGCAUUCACCAUCUAUAUCCUGAACUUGGCUGUCGCUGACUUUGGGGUCUUCAUAUCUGUAGUUCUAAGGUGUCUCAUACAGUUUUAUCUACCUGCCCCUCUACUCGUUUUUUACACAUUUGAAUAUCUUUUCACAAUCAUGUUCUGUACCAGUCAAUUUCUGCUUACAGUCAUCAGCAUUGACAGAUGUGUGUCUGUCUUCUUUCCCCUCUGGCACCGAUGUCAUCGUCCACCCCACUUGUCCAUCACUGUGUGUGCCCUGAUAUGGCUUCUCAAUUCCCUGUUCUGUGGGAUUCAAAUCCUUUCCAAAGUUUGGGAGCUCUUUGACUUUGAUCUUCCGUUGUUCCAGUUUUUUAUGAAUGCUGUGCUUUGUUUCCCACUCCUCACUGUCUCCACUCUGACUCUGUUAUUGAAGGUCUGCUGUAAACCAAAACAGCACAAAAGAGGAAAGCUUUUAACAGUCAUCUUAGUUACUCUCCUCGUCUUCCUCAUCGUUGCAUUUCCGUUCAACGUCGUCGUCUUGCACAAUUAUCUCUCCGCUUCUCUAUCUGUCUCUCUAUUUUAUUAUGGCUUCUUCUGUGCCUCUCUAAACAGUGGUAUCAAUCCACUGAUCUAUUUCCUGGUUGGGAAAAAGAAGAAGGGUCGAGUGAGGGAGAACAUAAAAGCCAUAUUCCAGAGGGUUUUCAAGGAGGAUGAAGAGUUUAAAGAAGAGCCAGUUCACGGCCAAUCAGGCAGUGAAACCAUUAUGUGA